AAUUUGCCUUUUAGCAUUUUCUGUAUAUUGUUUCUUUCUUGGAAACACUUCACAGACUCUGGGAAAAUGGAUUGAAGGAAGGAACAAAAUGAAUUGGUUCCUUGCUUAAAUUCAAAGGAAUCAAAUAUUCUAGGAGAAGAAAAUUAAAAACAGGAGGAGAUUCUCAACUCUCAAGUCCCAACCUCAUAUACCUCAACACAAAACAAAACAAGACAAGACUUGCCCCACAAAUCAGCUACAACAAAAAUCCAUUCACACUUUCCCCGCUCAGGCUUGCAACGCUUUAUGGGCUUAUAAUAGCAUUUGGAUUUCAUUUAUUUUUAAUAUGUAUAUAUAUAUAUAUAUACACAUAAAUACACGCAUCAUUAUUAGCAAAACCUGUGCUCUCACGCUAUUUCAUUUUCAGCCACUGCAUUUAGCUUUUCGGAGGAGCCUCUCCUUGUUUCUUGAACCACAAGUGUUGGACGAAAUGCCUGAGCCAUGCUCUCCUUCACUGUACCUUCUUGCCGUUUCCUUGUUUCAAGAGAUUUGAAUCUCUUCCCCACCUUUCCGUCCCUGGUUUUCUUGAUUGACCCAGGAAAGGUGAGACAGAGAAAGCAGUUUCGGCGGCUCAGAUUGGCGGGGACGAGGGGGAUUGGGUCUUUGGCGAGAGGGGUUGUGAGGCGGUGUCAAGAGUGGGAGAGCGAAGGGGAUUGGGGGUUGGAGGAGGAGAUUUUGGAGUUCAUGAAGAAAUCUGAGAGACCAGAGGCGUUUCCCUCCAGGAAAGAGUUGGUUGAUGGUGGGAGGAUGGAUUUGGUGGAGGCUAUUGUUGAGAAAGGUGGGUGGUUAUCCUUGGGUUGGGAUUUGGAUGCUGAGGAAGGGGUGCUUGAUGAUGAUGAUGAUGAUGAUGGCCGCCAUGUUACUGAUUGGGAUUUGAUUAUGCGGAAAGCAAAUGAUGGCGAUUUGGUCUGUGGCGAUGGCGGUGGUGAAGCCAAUGAUUUGGAGGUAGAUGAAAUUCGUGUUUCGGGGCUUUUAGAGGCCGAUUCUUCUGAUUUGGAUUCAGCUUCUUCAUCUGGUAGAUCACUAGAAGUAGCAGCUGAGGAUAAUACAGGGAUUGAGGGCAUAUUGAAAGGAUUGGAGACACAUAGAAAUGUGACUUUUGGUGUCGGCAUGAGAGAGAAAGGAAAUGGGAGCAUCUUAAUGAACAACAAUGGAGAUGAUUGGCAUUCUGGAAAUUCAACAAAUGCGGACAGCUCUGGCCUUGGAAAAAUCAGCAGACAGACAUCAUCCAUUCACAACAAAGGCAUAAUCAAAGAUUCAGGGGGGAAAUAUAGUCAGAUGAGAUCUUUUUCAGACCUUGAUGGUUUAGGCAACUCACUUAAGUCUGAAAUGUGGAGAACCUGGGGUGUUUACAGGGCAGGAUUUUCAGUAAUGGAUGUUGAAGCUGCUGAAAUUGCUUGCAACGAGGCUAGAAUGGAAGAGGUGAUUGAUAUUUCAAAAGAUGAAAUACUUGCAAUAUCAGAGGGGCAUGAUAUUUCAAAAGAAUUGAACUCUCAUGGUAAAGAAGUCAACCACAGUGAGAUACAAAGUCGCCUUCAAGAUAUGGAGUUGGAGCUUUCCUCUAUACUUAGGGCAUUGAAAUCCACCAGUGACGGAAUUGUUCCACUGGGAAAUACAAGUUCCUCUGAUGAUUUGCAGAAGCUUUCUGAUGCUUUGGAGUUCCAGGAAAAUGAGAUCAUGAAUUCCCAGGACAUUUUGCGGUCAUUACGAGCAAAGUUGGCAGUAGUAGAAGGAAAGAUGGCCCUAGCCAUAAUUGAUGCACAAAAGCUGGUGGAAGAGAAGCAGAAGAGGAUUGGUGAUGCUCAUAGCACUCUACAACUUCUUCGUUCUUCUUGCAUAGUUUGGCCUAAUUCAGCUUCUGAGGUUCUUUUGGCAGGAUCUUUUGAUGGUUGGACCACCCAGAGAAGGAUGGAGAGGUCAAGUACAGGGAUUUUUUCAUUGUGCCUCAGAUUGUAUCCGGGUAGAUAUGAGAUCAAGUUCAUUGUCGACGGUGUAUGGAGGAUUGAUCCCCUUCGCCCACUUGUUCACAGUGAUGGAUACGAGAACAACCUUCUUAUUAUUACAUAAGACUGCACAAAGGGGCAUGUAACACAGGGUUUCUUUUUAUAUCACUAUUAUUUCCCCUUCAACAGCUAGUUUUGGUUGUCUUUCUUUUCCUUCAAAUUUUAGCCCAGUUUUGUAUCCAACGUCGUCAUCUGAUUCACAUGUUCUUUUUACCAUUUUUUUGGAUAUUCAAGGUGAGCUUUCUUGUUAUGUAUUGGAGUUUAACUCCUAAAGGUAAACAACAGUCUGUUCAAUGGAUGAGACUUGGAUAAAGGGAAAACGUCUUUCUAAAAGAAAUAAGAGAAAAAUAAUUUCUAUGAUAA